AUGAGUGUUCCUGAGAUUGUGGGUGAUCAAACGAACAAGAGACAUCUCGAGCAGGAAAAUGGGGACGCUGCGGAGUCGAUAAACUUGGGGAAAUCGAGGCAACAGAAGCCGGAAGGCUCUAGCGAGAGUGCCGCAGAGGUUAUCGAAGAGCCCAAUAAAAGACCGAAAAUUGCUGAAAGUGCCGCUGAUAUAGCGCUAGAAGUACCUUUGAAGGGUGACGAACUUCAGGAAGUGGUAGAUGAGUACGAUGUUAGCCAGGAACGAGAUGGACAUGACGUUGGACGGACGACAAAUGACGGCCAAACUGAUGAGGGAGAGCACGUUUUGGCGCCAAGAACCCCCAGCAAACCUAUAGAGAUCAGCAGAAGUAAAAGGACAGGGAAAUAUAUCUUUCCACCCAUUACGAAGGACGACUCCAUCAAUGCAAGGAUGUUUUUGAAGUAUCAUGGAUUAAGACAAUUUUUGGAUACGUACCUUCCAGAAGAACUCAAUUCGCUGUACCUUUAUUUUCUGAUCAAGCUGCUUGGGUUCGAGAUAAAAGACCGCGAAAUGAUGUCUGCCAUCCACAAUUUCGUUGAGCCACGAGUUGUGGGCGAGGAGGAAGUAUCUGUAACCACUUUUGAAGACCCAUUGGAAAAAAGGCGUGCUGUACGCCUCAUUAAGGACUUACAGAAAGCUAUCAAUAAAGUGUUGUCGACUAGGUUAAGGUUACCUAACUUCUCGACAGUGGACGUAUUUGUCGAGGGAUUGAAAAAUGCAAAGAAAAUUUUGGUUUUGACGGGCGCAGGCGUUUCCACGUCAUUAGGUAUUCCCGAUUUUAGAUCUUCUGAGGGUUUUUACUCCAAAAUUCGUCAUUUAGGGUUAGACGAUCCACAAGAUGUGUUCAAUUUUGAUAUCUUCAUGCAGGAUCCAUCCGUUUUUUACAACAUCGCGCAUAUGGUUCUUCCUCCAGAGAAUAUUUACUCACCGCUUCACAGUUUUAUCAAAAUGUUACAGGACAAAGGCAAGCUUCUGAGAAUCUACACACAGAAUAUCGAUAAUCUAGAAUCGUAUGCUGGCAUAAAUGAGGAGAAACUGGUCCAAUGCCAUGGCUCCUUCGCUACUGCGUCAUGUAUCACUUGUCAUUGGAAGCUACCAGGAGAAAAGAUUUUCAGCAACAUCAGAAAUCUGGAGCUUCCGCUAUGCCCCUACUGCUAUCCAAAGAGGAGAGAGUUUUUUCCAAAUGAUAGCUUGUCCGAGGACGAAAGCACAAAUGGCCAUCUCGUUAACGGCGCAAUGAAAUCUUAUGGUGUUUUAAAACCAGAUAUUACCUUCUUCGGUGAAGCAUUGCCGUCAAAGUUUCAUAGGACGAUUCGUGAAGAUAUACUGAAAUGCGACUUAUUGCUCUGCAUAGGUACCAGUUUGAAGGUUGCUCCGGUAUCCGAAAUCGUCAACAUGUUGCCCGCUCAUGUCCCCCAAGUGUUAAUCAACAAAGAUCCGGUCAGACAUGCUGAGUUUGACCUUAAUCUGCUGGGAUUCUGUGAUGAUGUGGCCGCCUAUGUCGCCCAGAAAUGUGGCUGGGAUAUACCACAUGAGAAAUGGGACCAGUUGAAGAAAACGACUUUCAACGCUAAUGAAACCGAGAGAGGUGUGUAUAAUAUCUCCGCCAAAUCUUCAUAG